UUUCCGACUUCUGAAGAAGAAUUCAAGAACGACAUUCGCGUCUCAUUCGACAAGCUCAGCAACAAGUGGGUUCUGGAAGAGGACAACGGCGACGAGUACGAGUGGAACCCGCAAUAUCAAAAAUGGGUACCUUCGGUCGACGAGGCUCUCAUGCAACAGCAAGCGUCCAUCUAUGCCAUGAAGGACGUCGACGAGACCGCUCCAGCAAUCGACAACAAGAAGCGCAAAGCAGACAUCAAGGCCGCCAAACAGGACAAGAAGCCCAAACUCGAUCGCCCCAAUAGCGCCGUCUACGUAACAGGCAUUCCAUUGGACGCAAGCAUUGAUGAGAUCCACGACGUUUUCAAGAAGUACGGCAUCAUCGAGGAGGACAUCCACACAAAUCUGCCCAAGAUUCGCAUGUACGCAGAUGAAGAAGGCAACUUCAAGGGCGAGGCAAAGGUCAUAUACUUCAAGCCCCAGAGUGUCAGUUUGGCCAUUACCAUGUUGGAUGGCACCGACUUCCGCAAACCUGGAGACGGAGAUCUACACGUCGAACUGGUCGAUGAUUCCUACUCCAACCGGAACAAGGAUCAAGCGGACAAGAAAGAGCAGAAGGAAGUGUCAGUCGAGAACAUCAAGAAGAGACGUCCCAAGCAAGACCGCUACUUGGCCAUUGAGAAGACAAGACAGAUGAAUGCCCGCCUAGCAGACUGGGAUGAUGAUGACCCCAGUGUUGUCGCUCCUCCGCCGAACCCCUCAAAGUACGCCAAGCUGGUUGUUCUCAAGCAUAUGUUCACCCUUGAGGAACUAGAAGAAGACGCUGGCGCUCUGAUUGAUAUCAAAGCCGACAUUCGUGACGAAGCUUCCAAAUACGGCGAAGUCACCAACACUGUCCUGUAUGACCUCGAACCCCAAGGCGUCGUUACUGUACGCUUCAAGGAAGCAGACUCCGCUGCGCUUUGUGCCGAAGCUUUCAAUGGUCGCUGGUUUGACAAGAGGAAGGUCAUCGCCUACGUACCACAACAUCGCGAAGACUAUGCAAAGAGCAAGGGAAGUGGUGAAGAUGGUCUCCAAGAUAUCGAUGAGGAUGAGCCCGAU